AUGGGCAAAAUCACGGACGUUGGUGACAUCCUUUUUCUCCUUAAGGAAGUUUAUGUUUUUAUUGUCGUUACCAGCAAGACUCUUCAUAAACCCCUUGAAGCCUAUGCGCAGGUCCCUGUCAAUCUUUUCCGGCAAUCCCUCCAGCUCCUGCGUGACCUUGUUCGCGAAGGCCUGGAGCAGCGCCUUGACGGAGGUGACGUAGUUGCGGCGGGCGCGGGUGGUGAGAAGAUUUUUGGCUUUUUGCACUUCGUUAUUCAAAAAGUCCUGAAGGCAUUGGAUGGUCUCCUUUUCCAAUCUUGGGGCCACUUCUUCAAUGAAAUGUCUGGUUUCCCUGAGGACAUUAUAAAACAUUGUUUUUCUUAG